AUGGCAUCUAUCUCUGAUCAGAUUAGUUUGCGAACGAUACCGAGAUCUAACUCAAGCUCCUCACACGGCCGGAACAGCCCAUCACAGGAGGACUCGCCAUUACACUCGCCAGUACACUCGUUACUGCAACCGCAGCGCGAAUGGCUGGUACAAGAGCAGGACAUAACUGCCAGCGUGGAGCAUGUCGAAGAUGGGAAUGAAACACAACCUGCUCUCUCCUCGUUGCGAGAGCCAUCGAAUCAGAGCAGCAUACAAGAAGGCAAAGAUACACGGCUCGCUUCCUUGUGUGGCGCAACACACUGGAAAACAGUAGGAAUGAUUCUAGGCUUCCUCUUUGCCGCUCUUCUUUCCGCGCUGGGGCAUCACCUUUUAUUCACGCAUUUAGACCACAAGCUCACCGACACAAGCUAUCUUACGCAAACCCAGACCUCCGCGAUCUCUAUCCUGUUGACGACGAUUUUCAAAGCAGCACUAACGGCAAGUGUUGGAAUCUGCUUUGCGCAACACCUUUGGUUUAUUUUGCGUCGGAAUGCUAUCUCGCUAUCAGCGAUUGAGAAGCUAUUCGUCUUCCGCUCUAAUUUGCUAGUGUUGAGCGAUCUACGCAGUAUCUGCACGGCACCUCUUUUGUUUUUCAUGGCUCUCUUAAUCUGGUGUCUAGGAAUUGCGAUAAUCUAUCCCCCCGGUGCGCUGAUCGUCGUGAUCGAGGCCAGCAACUAUACAGAAAACCGUAACAUGUCUGUUAUGAACCCGCCAGUCCCGCAGGAGCUCGAUCUGGGCGAAAAUGACACUUAUCCUAUGCUGACUAGUGGCGGCUUUUAUUCUACGAGUUAUGGCAACGGUUCAAAGAUACGGUACUGGGAUAAGGGCAUCUGCCUUGUUGCCGCUACCGCUUUCGCUGCUAUAGCGAUCUGGUCACUGUCACGCAAUGGAACACCUGCAGCGGACGGCGGCUUCUUGCAGAUCAUGACGGCUACGAGGGGCAACACGGAGAUGGAACGGCUAGUAUUGCGCGAGAAAUUGACGACAGUUGAGAAUAUAUCCCUGGAGCCCAAAGCCUUGAAGGUGCGGUACGGCGAACUCGUCCGCGAGGACGUAGUGGGUGUUGAUGGUAGGACGAUGGGCUUUGGGACUAUUGAGGAAACGAUUAGUCUAAGGAAACGGAAGUGA